AUGCCGCCCCGACUCAAUCUAUUUACUGCCAACAAGGCGGCUUCCGCCGCCGCCAGACUUGCCUCGCCGAGACUCGCUACGCCCAUCCGAUUCCGGCCCGCUGCCGCCGUGCAGCAGCACCGACGAUGGAACUCGUCGCGCGAUGGCGUAAAGGGCGUCCCGCCUGAUGAACAGACCUUCCCGACGCAGGACCAACUGCCCGAUGUUAGCGAGGAGGCGGCUGAGAUCGAUAGGAUCAUGCAUAAGGGGAGUAACCCGGACAAGGAUAAGAGCUGUGAUGGGACGCCGUCGUCUCCGGAAUUGGAGCAGGGGACGCCGGUUUCUGAGGUCCUCCAACGCGAUAAACAAGCCAUGAAACACAUGCCCAAGGUUAUGCAGGAUCAGUUCAAGGGCAAGGGCAAGGGCAAGGGUGGCUCGCGCUCAUUCUCGACUUCGGCUCGCAGCCGUCUUCCCGAAUUGGAGACUCCUAGCCAUGACGAUGCGUCUGCUGCCGUGCUCGCCGACAUGAUUGACCAAGUGAGCGGGCAGGCUGCGAAGCGGGACAAUGGGCUCAAAUUCGACCCGCCUCACAUCCCGAAGAAACAGUCGCUGAAGCACCAGAAGCGAUACGACUCGAUGCAGGAGCAAUUCACCAAGAUGUUGAUGGAGGAUGGAAAGUUGACCCUGGCGCAGAAGGUAUGGAUCAGGCACAAGCUCCAAAUCCACAAGUUCUACAAGCCCCCCGCCCCGGGGGGAUCAUCCCAGGACUUUAUAUUGAUUCGCUCUCAGAAUAUGUCAACCAUCCUGGACCACCUCCGCACCGCCCCCCCUCCCCAGAUCAACUCCCGCCGCCCUCUCCUCGGCUCUCCCACCGCCCCACAGCUGCCUCUCGACCCUGUCAACUACCUCACCCUGAUCAUUGACUCGGUAUCCCCGCUCUUCCGAAUUCGUCAGCAAAAGGGUAUCGUCGGUGGUGGUGCCUCCGUGCAGGUCCCCCACCCCUUGAACGAGCGCCAGCGUCGCCGGGUCGCUAUCAAGUGGAUUCUCGACUCGUCGAAAAAGCGGCGUGACGUGCAUUUCGCACAGCGGGUCGCAAAUGAGCUGGUCGCAGUCGCCGAGGGUCGCAGUGGAGUUUGGGACCGCAGAGACCAGCAGCACAAGAUUGGUAUUACAGGUCGUGCGAACUUGGGUCUUCGGCCUCGUCGGCGGUUCGUGGCCAACUCCAGCCCGGCCUUUCCCCGUCCAACAGUGGCUACCUCCUCGCGUCACGAGUCCUUUGAACUCGCCGAUUAUCCAGCCGAGCACCCGCUACUUCCAGAUCUCGACUCUGCGGACACUCGCGCUGGUUUUUCCGGAAACGUCGCCCGGCUAUUCCAACCCUUUGCCAACUCGCAAUCACUUGCUGGGGUUGAUUCGGAGUCCGAAGAAGACUGGGAGAAGGCAGGUUCAUCGGAGGAGCGCCGCCCGCGGGGCUUUCGCUCCACUCGACUCCGGUUCUGGGGUGACGCCCUUCGCAACCUCGCGCAAACUGCCAAUCGCACGCCUGUUGACCCGGAGACUGCGGCCAAGAUGAAAUUCUCGCAUAGUAUUCAGUUCAACGCGGUGCCGGACUGGAGUACCAAUUAUAUUGCGUACAGCAACCUCAAGAAAUUGAUCUAUUCUCUUGAGAAGCAAGCCCACCAGCCCGAUGGCCAGGCCACCACUGAUGUCGAGUCUGCCCCGUUGCUGGCAGCUCAGUCGAACGACCCGAAUAGUGUCUUCAAGCGCGCCCUCGAUAUGGAGAUGGAUAAGAUCUGCAGCUUCUAUCGGAUCAAGCAGGCAGAGAUCUUUGAGACCACCGAGGAAUUGCUGAGUGACGCCGCGGGAUACCUAUCGGAGACAGACGGGGUCAAUAUGGACCCGGUGAGCGAAACUGUCAUCAAAGCAAGGAACUUGAGUUCGAAUUCUCGCCGCAACACAGGACCCACCCGUCGCCGGUCCAGCGCCGUCAGCGACUCGAUUGCUGAUGAUGACGGGGACAGUGACGAUGACCAUUCUCCCUCGGCACCCUCCCAGCGUCGGAGGAUGAUGCAGUCAACAGACAGAGAGUCGGCAAUGGAUGAUGGGCAACAGGGCGAUCUGGUAGACUCUGCCUUUUUUGGCCAGGCAGGCAGUCGCGGCCCGCAGGAGUCCCAUUUUAGCGACCAGGACUUUCUUGCCUUGUACAACAAUGGGGUGUCGCUGAAGAAACGUUUGAUCGAAGUAUACGUUUCGCUUUGCGAGCUUCGAUCGUUCAUUGAAUUGAACAAGACCGGUUUCUCCAAAGCUCUGAAGAAAUACGACAAGACCCUCUACUGCAGCCUGCGCCGCGACUACCUGAACACGGUUGUCUACCCCGCGGCUCCCUUCACAGACAACACCAUGGCCGCUGUGGAUAGUAAUAUCGAGAAAGUCGAGGGUGUGUACGCCGAUGUGGUUACUAAGGGCAACCGUUCGCUGGCUCGGCGCGAGCUGCGUCUACAUCUGCGGGAGCAUGUUGUUUGGGAACGAAACACUGUCUGGCGCGAGAUGAUCGAGAUUGAACGCCGCGCUCAGGCUGCCAAUGUCGGCAUUCGCCAGACUCUCCUAGGCGGCGACGAGGACCCGGCUACUGCACGGCGCCAGGGUGACAAGCAGGAUACCAAGAACAAGGAGCUUCGGACUCCGCUUGGCCGUAUCCGCCUCCCCGUGUGGCUUUGUAGCCCGAGCUUCGUGACGUUAGUUGUCAGUAUCGUGGUUUUUGGAGCGUUGCUCGCGUCCCCGGUCAUGGAUUCGCCCGAGCAGAACAACUGUCUCGCAAUGCUGGUCCUUGUCAGUAUUUUGUGGGCUACCGAGGCUAUUCCUCUUUUCGUCACUUCGCUGUUGAUCCCGUUUUUGGUGGUUGUUCUGGGCAUCAUGCGCUCAGACGGCAAGCACCCGGAACGCCUGGGUCCUAAGGACGCGACCGCCAAGGUGUUUUCGGCCAUGUGGACUCCUGUCAUCAUGCUGCUUCUUGGUGGGUUUACCAUUGCCGCGGCGCUGUCCAAGUACGAUAUCGCACGACGCAUGGCCAUGCUCGUACUCAGCAAAGCUGGAUCCCGGCCUCGGGUUAUGUUGCUCACGAACAUGUUUGUGAGCAUGUUCCUGAGCAUGUGGAUUAGCAACGUCGCAUCGCCCGUGCUGUGCUACUCGAUCAUCCAGCCUCUGCUGCGAAACCUCCCCUCGGACUCGAAUUUCUCCAAGGCGCUGGUGCUGGGCAUCGCGCUGGCGGCCAAUGUCGGAGGUGCGGCAUCUCCGAUUGCGUCGCCGCAGAACAUUAUUGCUCUGCAGAACAUGAAGCCUGAUGUCAGCUGGGGAGCGUGGUUUUUUAUCGCGCUGCCUGUCUGCAUCAUCUCGAUCCUGCUGAUCUGGGUGCUCCUGCUGCUGACCUUCCACCCCGACCGCAACACCACCAUCGUUCCCAUGCGUCCAGUCAAGGACCGCUUUACCGGCGUUCAGUAUUUUAUUACGUUUGUUACGAUUGCCACAAUUGUUCUCUGGUGUGCCAGCCAUCAACUCGAGCACGUCUUCGGUGACAUGGGCGUUAUCGCCAUAGUCCCUCUGGUGCUGUUUUUCGGCACGGGAAUCCUCAAUAAAGAGGAUUUCAAUAACUUCCUUUGGACCAUCAUCAUUCUUGCCGCCGGUGGGUUGUGCUUGGGUAAGGCCGUGACUUCGUCGGGAUUGCUGCAUACCAUCGCCUCCGGAAUCACGACGCGCGUCGAGCAUUUCAGUCUUUACGGCGUGCUGCUGGUUUUCACGUCUUUGGUUCUUGUCAUUGCCACAUUCAUCUCCCACACUGUUGCCGCCCUGAUCUUCCUGCCGCUGGUGCGCCAGAUCGGUGUCGGCAUGGAGGACCCGCACCCGAACUUGUUGGUCAUGGCGAGCGCGUUGAUGUGCUCGGUCGCCAUGGGUCUUCCCACGAGCGGGUUCCCCAACAUGACGGCCAUCAUGACCGAGGUGCCUCAGACCGGUCAGCGCUACCUCCAAGUCCGUCACUUUAUCACCCGCGGUGUCCCAUCAAGUCUGAUGGCCUAUGUGGUGAUCAUCACCAUUGGCUAUGGGCUGAUGUAUGUCGCAGGGCUAUAG